AUGACCAUACAUACCGAUAGACUAAGAACUGCAAACAAGUCCUAUUUAAUGGACGUUGCAAAAAGAAAGUACCUCGAAAAAAAAUCUGACUUAAUAUCCGAAGAAAAAAAUACAGAUGAGAAUUAUACAAACGAUAAAGAUUGGAGAGUUGAUAGACUAGAAAUGCUAAGAAAAAUUCAUGAAAAAAGAAGAGAAUACUUGGAUAGAGGUUCUGGUAAUCUAGAAAUUCUCACAGACGAAAAGGAACUUAUCAAUAUUGCAAACAGUAAUACAAGAGUGUUAUGCCACUUUUACGAAGACGAUUUUGAAAGAUGUAAACUUCUUGAUAGUUUGUUGGUUUCUCUUGCCUCUAGAUUUUUGGACACCAGAUUCGUCAAAAUCAAAGCCACCAAAGCGCCCUUCUUCACACAUAAAAUCGGAAUUAAAGUCUUGCCAACCCUUUUAGCGACAAUCGACGGAAAUAUAACGAGAAUCUAUAUCGGAUUUGAAGAGUUUGGAGAUAUCUUUAAUUCUGUUUCAAAUGGAAAUAACAGGAUUCCACUAAAAAUCGCACUUAACAAAUUAAACACUUUCUUUAAUUCCACAAAAAAUCCUUAUAAAAAGUAUAUGUGUAAAGAUUCUAUAGAUGAUAAUAUUACAACUGAAGAAUUCAUGGACCAGUUCUAUUCAAGACAUAUUGAUAAGAAGCACGGAGUAAGGUCACAAAUCUUAAUGGUUGGAGGACCUAAGUCGAUUAGAGGAAACCCAGGAGGAAUAAUGAACUCAAUGUUAUCAUUUCCACAGAUCACGUCAUAUCAAUUUGUCGGAAUAGCCAAGGAUAUGGAGUGUAUGUUCCUGGAAAAAAUACUUCAGUGCUCCCAAAGCUCAAAGCUAACAAGAUCAUACAACACAAGCGAAUUUACCAAAGUACAAAAAAUGAAAAGUAAAGAGAUUGUAAAAGAAUUAAAUUCAAAAGUACAGAGUUCCGAUCAUUUAGAAUAG